GGUGCCAUUACACCCGGUGUUUGAGAAUACCAUUGGCUGGUGGGGAAAGGAGCUGUGCGCAAAACCAACCCCGCUGCUCGCACUCGCCUUACAGAAGCCGAGCUGAGAACAUCAUCCGCUUUGAGCGCUUAGGCGCAGUGAUUACAUCCUCACAGAGAGAGAUAGAGAGAAAGUCAUGUUAUUCGCCGGGCUUUAUUUAGAAGUUGAAUUCGUUAUAGUUUAGUCGGCGCUGCGUAAAUAGAAGUUUUUUUUCUUGCUUUCCUUUUCUGCUCUGUGUGGAAUUUCCUGUUUUGUUUUGUGUGUGACUUUUUUUCUGUGAAGAAGAGGCAGUCUGUUCUGUGCACAGGGAGUGUUGGCUAUGCGUCCUGGCUCCAGCCUUGCAAUGUUUGCGCUGACGCCAAAACUCACAGACCGGUGCAGAAUUGAUUAAAACAGAGAAGCUCGGAUCAAAUGGCUGUGCUUCUCACAGCUGAAACGACACAAUGUUCCACUGACCCGAGGCAGAGGAGAGGAAUUUUAGAAUCGCACAGCCUUGUUGCUGUUUAUUUCACUGCCUUUUUACGGACAGAGGAAAUGGGAAAUGCUCAUUUCUUGUAAGAAAAAGGAAUAACACUCUUUUUUUCUCCGUCUUGAAGUGCACUUUGGGAGAGGGAGAGGAGAUGAUUUUGUUAAUAUUCCUGCUCUCCAUCCUGGAUGGAGCUGUCUCUCAGCUACAUUACUCCGUGCCAGAGGAGCAGGAGCCUGGCUCUGUGGUUGGGAAUAUCGCAGAGGAUUUGGGGCUGGACAUUACCAAACUUUCCGCUCGCCGCUUUCAGACGGUGCCUAGUUCACGGACACCUUAUCUGGAGGUGAACUUAGAAAACGGUGCGCUCGUAGUGAAGGAGAAAAUCGACCGGGAAGAAAUCUGUAAGCAGACCAUCCCGUGCCUACUGCACCUGGAGGUGUUUCUGGAGAACCCGCUGGAGCUCUUUCGCGUGGAGAUAGAGGUGAUGGAUAUCAACGACAAUCCACCCAGCUUUCCCGAGACGGACAUUUCCGUGGAGAUAUCGGAGAGCGCCAUCCCCGGGACCCGUUUCCCGGUGGAGAACGCCUUCGACCCCGACGUGGGCACAAACGCGCUCAGCACAUAUGCCAUAACGAAUAAUAACUAUUUUUACCUUGACGUGCAGACGCAGAGCGACGGGAACAAGUUUGCGGAGCUGGUGCUGGAGAAGCCGCUGGACAGGGAGCAGCAGGCGGUGCACCGCUAUGUGCUGACGGCUGUGGAUGGGGGCAUCCCGCAGCGGACCGGGACGGCUCUCCUGGUCGUGAAAGUUCUGGACUCUAACGAUAACGCGCCCACGUUUGACCAGUCCGUGUACACUGUUAACCUGCGGGAAAACUCCCCCGUGGGAACUCUGGUCAUCCAGCUCAACGCCACGGAUGUCGACGAGGGACAAAACGGGGAAAUAGUUUAUUCUUUCAGCAGCCACAAUACCCCGCGGAUAAAGGACUUAUUCAAUAUUGAUGCCAGAACAGGUAGGAUCGAGGUGGCGGGGGAGGUGGACUAUGAAGAGAGCAACACGCACCAGAUUUACGUCCAGGCUAAAGAUCUGGGGGCUAAUGCGGUCCCUGCGCACUGCAAAGUGCUGGUCAAACUCAUGGACGUGAACGACAACACACCAGAGAUCGGUUUCAGCACUGUGACCGAGUCCGUGAGCGAGCAGGACGCCCCCGGCACCGUGAUCGCACUUUUUAGCGUCUCGGACCGGGACUCCGGCGAAAACGGACAAAUGAGCUGCGAGAUAUUAGGAGACGUCCCCUUCAAGCUCAAGUCGUCUUUUAAAAACUACUACACCAUCGUGACGGACGGGCCGCUGGACAGAGAGAGCACUGAUUCGUACACCAUCACCGUGGUGGCCAAAGACAAGGGUCAGCCGUCGCUCGCCACCAGCAAGUCCAUUAAAGUGCACGUCUCCGAUGAGAACGACAACGCGCCCCGUUUUACACAGGCUGUUUAUGAUGUGUAUGUAACUGAGAAUAACGUGCCCGGAGCUUUCAUUCACGCCGUGAGCGCUUUGGACCCUGAUAUAGGACAAAACGCUCUUAUCACCUACUCCAUAUUGGAGUGCGACAUACAGGGCAUGUCUGUGGACACGUAUGUGUCCAUCAACCAGGACACCGGCUACCUUUACGCGCUGCGCUCUUUUGAUUAUGAGCAGCUGAAGGAGUUUAGCUUCAUGGUCCAGGCUAAGGACUCAGGUGCAGCUGAACUCUUCUCCAAUGCCACUGUAAAUGUGAUCAUAGUUGACCAAAAUGACAACGCUCCCACUGUAAUAGCCCCCAUCGGUAAGAACGGCACAGCCAAAGAGCACUUGCCGCGCUCUGCGGAGCCCGGCUACCUGGUGACGCGCAUUGUGGCCAUGGAUGCGGACGAUGGCGAGAACGCACGGCUGUCCUACAGCAUCCUGCGUGGCAACGAGAUGGAGAUGUUCCGCAUGGACUGGAGGACAGGGGAACUGCGGACAGCCCGCAGGAUCUCUCCCAAGCGGGACCCGCAGGGCUACUACGACCUGCUGAUCGAAGUGAGGGACCACGGGCAACCCCCUCUCUCUUCCUCCGCCAGCGUGAGCGUAAUACUAGUGGACAGUGUGGUCGAAGGCCGCAGUGGGGAUCGCGGCUCGGCCUCCAAGGCGAAGGAGACCUCCCUUGACCUCACUCUCAUCCUCAUCAUCGCCCUGGGCUCCGUCUCCUUCAUCUUCCUCCUGGCCAUGAUCGUGCUGGCCGUGCGCUGCCAAAAGGACAAAACCCUCAACCUGUACACGUGUCUGCUGGCCGGUGACUGCUGCCUGUGCUGCGGCUCGUGCUGCAGCAGGCAAGCUCGCGGCCGGAAACAGAAGAAGCUGAGCAAAUCCGACAUCAUGUUAGUUCAGAGCACUAACGUGACUUCGGGGGUGGGCCCCGUGGGGCAGGUGCCCGUGGAGGAGUCUGGUGUGGGCGGCGUGGGAGGGGGGUUUGGCUCCCACCAUCACCAGAACCAGAACUCCUACUGCUACCAGGUGUGUCUGACGCCGGAGUCCGCCAAAACGGAUCUGAUGUUCCUCAAACCGUGCAGCCCCUCUCGCAGCACUGACACGGAUCACACCAACCCUUGCGGCGCCAUAGUCACGGGUUACAGUGACCAACAACCGGACAUCAUAUCCAACGGCAGUAUUCUCUCUAAUGAGACAAAACACCAACGAGCAGAACUCAGCUAUCUGGUGGACAGACCCAGACGUGUCAACAGUUCGGCAUUCCAAGAAGCAGACAUUGUCAGCUCCAAAGACAGUGGUCAUGGCGACAGCGAACAGGGCGACAGCGACCAUGAUGCCACCAACCGGGGUCAUUCGGCUGGUGCUGACCUGUUCUCCAACUGCACAGAGGAGUGCAAGGCCCUAGGCCACUCUGACCGCUGCUGGAUGCCGUCAUUUGUGCCGUCCGACGGGCGCCAGGGGCCGGACUACCGCAGCAACCUGCACGUGCCCGGCAUGGACGCCACACUGCCUGACACUGAGGUACCCUCCUCCGUCAACCUGUCUGACCAGCUCACCAUGACCUCGUCCACCACCUCGUCCAACGAUAGGUCAUUCUCCACCUUUGGCAAGGACGGUCAAAGGUCACAGUCACACCACAGCCUUCACCAUCACCUCCAUCAGCAACAGCAGCAGUACAGCUCCAGCACGCUAGAGAGGAAAGAAUAUGAUAGGGGGACCCUACCGUACAAACCCACCUUUCUCUGUGAGUAUCAGUAUGAAAGUUCCCUGGGACCCUAUGACUUUGGUCUGGUCCAGUACAGAUACUAAAGAAGGGGACAAUGAAUCUGCCUCUUGAUUCUGAUCUGGACGUUUUAUGUUGUUUAUCAACUUUUAUUUCUUCUAUUUUUAAGGAGUUUUAAAAAUACGACUUUGUUGUAUUGUUUUUUUGUUCAUUUUUUUUUGUAAAUUAUCAUUUCUUUUGUCGAAUGUAAAAUGUCACCUAUUACUGCUAACUCCCCUUCUCCAAAACCCCCCUUUGAAAUUUUCAAGCUAACCCCAUCCUAAUUCUAAAUACUGUUUGUAAUCAUGUGACUUAUUCUAAAAUAAACAAAAUUUAAAUUGGAUUGUUAAGCUGCUUUGGCCCCUUUUUCUUUCUUUUUCCUUUUCUCUAAAUUUUACCCCUCAAAAAUUUUAUUAAUCUGAUGCUCAUAUAAGUAAAGGUCACCAACACAUGCACACUUCAUGCUUCUCUUCUUACCAUCCUUAACAUGCACACAAUGAAACACUGUUUGUGGUUUGGAAUGCAGUUUGAAUGUUCAGAGAGGAAAUAAAAGCUAGAUCAUCUCAUGUUGUAAAGGACAUCUUUUUCCAUUUGCUCAACAACAGAGUUCUGCUCAAGCACGAUGACUUCCCUACUGAAUAGCUUGAAAGGUGAAACACACAACCCACGCUUCUCCUUUUUUCACAAGGAUUGAAGUCCAUUUUGUUCUAAAAAGGAAGUCUCUAGCAUCUAUACUCACUCACUUGUGGAUCAAUACCUGACAUAAAGAAGGGUGGGUGAGGUGGGCUGUCAACCAUGAGGUCAAGUUUCCUCAGCUGAAAAAAGUCACGCACACAAGUUCUCUGUACAAGAAACGGAGGGAAACUAUUACAGUAUAAAGUAAGUUUAAUUUGGCAAAUGAAAUAUAUUCAUGUGCAUUGGGGUAAAAUUGAGUUUCUAGCUUGCAUUUCUAAAGAAACUGAAUGGGAUUCUUAUGAAAAGGAUGGCAGGACACUUCUUGCCGCUUUCAAUUGCUUUCCAAGCUCCCACAUUACAUGAAUAUUCUAUUAGCUCUAAGAGUAGAGAAUGGAUUCGAUAUACACAUUCAGUAGAGAAGUCAUUUCCAGUCAAGUCACCACCAUGUUAACCAUCAUCCUCCAUGAUACUGCAUGCUGACUGUGGGGCUGUCUCUCAGGUAAACGAUGAGCACCAUAACCUGCUUUUCUUUUUUUUUUUUUUUCUUGUUUGUGACUUAGCAAACACAGCCAAGCAGUAUUCCUCUUGCACAUCAGGUCUGUGUGAAAAAUAAUUGGUAUUUAGCCUUUAGGUGCUAGAGCCUGCUUUGCUCCAAAUAUAGUUGCCUGUGCGUCUGCUCAUCUCGUCUGCCUUGCAGGGUUGGGAUAAAUGCACACCAUAUUUGCUCUGCCAAAAAACUUUAUUUUAUUUCAUUUUACUUUUUUGAUUUAUGAUUUCUCCUGUUUUUUCCUGGUCUGUUGGAAUUAAUCGACCCCACAAUGCCACAGCGAAAGGUUUUGUUGUUCAUCAGUCUGUAAAAAAUAUGGGAAUAGUCCCAGAGGCUGAGGGUCUAUGAACCAAUAGGCAUCAUGUUCUACUUUUAAAAAUAGCACUGUAUGCUACUACUGGCUAUGGCAAUGCUCUGAUCACCAGGGUUGCCUUGAUAAAGGGUUUAUAAAUGUUUAAUGAUCCAUUUAUAGAUAAUUAAUGAAGCAAUUAGUGCUCUGUGUAUUUUCUAUGCAUGCAUUAUGUAGCCACCAAAUUCUGAACAAUUUAUCUUCGCUGAUGGACAUGUUUUUACCCAAUUCCCAAAUUAGUUUUAGCAUUAUACUGCAAGGACCAGCCUUUAGGGUAUAUAAAUAACUUCACAGAGAGUCCUUUGUGGCAUGUAUCCUUCAAGAGAUGGUAUUUCGAGCCGACUGUGUCACUAAAAAGUCUCAAGGGAAAGGGUGUCAUUUGUCUUAACGAGUGUGUUC